GAGUGAGUGAAGUGAAUAGGUGUCACAAAAACCGCAACUUCUCCUAAAAUAGCUACCUCCUUUUUUUCAGUUUUGACCAAUCUUAACCGUAUAACUAACCCCCCUCUCUCUCUCUUACCUCUUCGAUUUUCUCUCUCCUCCCCAAUUUGCAGUUUUGCUUUCACACACUCUCACACUCUUCUUCUUCUUCCCUCUCCAUUCUUUUUACCUCACAGUUCUAUCGUCUCCGUGCAAACAAAACCCUAAUUUCACUCACACUCCACUCUUCAGGUAAAUUUGAAAAGAGGAAGAUAUUUCAAUUUUGUUCUAUCUUUCAUUUUUGAGGAAUCACAGGAUUGGGAUAUAUGUCCUUCAAUCAAUCAAUAACCGAAAAGAACGACGCCGUUUAUAAGAAAUCUGGGCGAUCGUCUAGCUUCAAUCAGCAGAGAGGUUCCUUAGGCGCCUAUGGAAGGGGGGGAGGCGGCGGUGCCGCUCCGUCGAUCAACUCUUCCAAGAGUUUUAACAAGAAGUCUACACACGGUGGGCAAUAUAGGGUGAACCUUUCCCCAGUGAAUUCAUCAGAGUUGAACAGUGCUUCUGCUGCUCAAACCAUACAUAAUGGUACUCAUGUACAACCCCAAUUGCAUGGUGGAGCAUAUGAUAGGCCGGUUACUAAAUCAUCUGAAUCAACAGCUGCACAACGAAGCCCUAGAGCUGUUAAAAAAGAACUAACUUCUCAACCGCCCUCCGUGAGCACUGAUAUGACCACUCCUACAAGCCCCGCUAAGGGAGAUGCAUCUAAGGCAUUCCCUGUUCAGUUUGGAUCAAUUGUUCCUAGCUUUAUUAAUGGGGUGGCUAUUCCUGCUCGUACAAGCUCAGCUCCACCUAAUUUAGAUGAGCAGGAGCGCAAUCAGGCACAUCAUGACUCUUUUAGACCCGUGCCUUCAGGGCCAGUACCUCCUGCUCCAAAGCAGCAGCUAGCACCUAGGAAAGAUGCAGUUGUAACCGAGCAAUCUAAUGCUGGGGACACUCGUAUAGGGGCUAAGGCUAAAAAGAAUACUCAGGUGCCAGCUUUGACCUCGGCAAGCCAGAUGCAGAAGCCUUCUGUUGUUCCAGUAACUGGGAUUUCAAUGGCCACACCAUUUCAGCAGUCACAUGCAUCUUUACAGUUUGGUGGUCCUAAUCUACAGAUUCAGUCUCAGUGUAUGUCACCGGCAUCCCGCCAGAUUCCUAUACCAAUGCCCAUACCGAUUGGAAAUGUUGCACCAAUGCCACAGCCGGUUUUUGUUCCAGGUCUUCAGCCUCAUCCAAUGCACCCUCAGGGGAUCAUGCAUUCAGGUCAUAAUAUAAGUUUCACUCAUCAAAUGAGUCAUCAGUUACCCCAUCAAUUGGGUAACAUGGGCAUUGGCAUCAGUCCUCAAUAUCCCCAGCAGCAGGGUGGAAAGUUUGCCAGUCCUCGAAGAACUACUCCUGUCAAGAUAACUCAUCCUGAAACGCAUGAAGAGCUGAGGCUUGAUAAAAGGGCAGAUGGAUAUUCAGAUGGUGGGUCAUCUGGUGCUAGGUCUCAUCCUAAUGUACCUUCUCAAUCCCAACCUGUCAAAUCCUUUGUUGCUUCUCAGCCUAUGAAUUAUUAUCCUUCCAACACAUAUUAUCAACCUUCUAGUUCUCUUCCAUUAACAAGUAGCCAAAUAACACCCAAUGCUCAGCCCCCAAUAUUUAAUUAUCCUGUGAACCAUGGUCCCCAAAAUGUGGCUUUCAUGAAUUCAUCGUCUCUAAGUUCUCUGCCUGUUAAUAAAGUCAGCACUCCUAUUCCUGGCAUUGACGAACCCCCCACUGCCGAACGUUCUCGUGAAGUGCCUAAUGUGAUGUCAUCAGCUGUGACUGUGGAUUCUGUUUCAGUUGUGUCUAAUAAUGAAGACAGGAUGAGGGAAUCUCUUAGUAUUUCCAACUCUUUGAAGGAUAAUCAGAAGAAACCUGUGAUAAAAGGUCAAUCAUCUCAAAAUCAGGUCUCUGUGCAAUCUCCUACAGUGAAUAAUAUGCUGUCUCGAGCUGUUGACAGUGGUAUAUCUGAUACUGGGGUUUCCACACCAGUAGGAAGUGAAACAAAACAUUCUCCUGCAAUUAUCAUUGAAGAUUUUCUCAUAUCUAAAGGAUCUAUUGCUCAAGCUGUUGAUAGUUUUAAUAAUCAUAAGCACAACAAGAUAGAUGAAUCAUCUGAAGCAGAUAUGCAGUCUGUCGAUUUAGCAGAAACAACAGCAAAGGAAAUUAAUGAUAGUGCAGAGAAUGCUUUCAGUGACUCAAUGUCAGGUACCAAAGAUAGACCUAAUUUAGAGCCGAAUAAGGCGAAAACUACAUCUAAAGGGAAGAAGAAAAGAAAAGAGACUCUCCAGAAAGCAGAUGCUGCUGGUUCAACUUCUGACCUUUAUAAUGCAUAUAAAGGACCUGAGGAAAAGAAAGAAUCUGUCUUAAUUUCAGAGAGCACAGAAAGUGCAUCUAUGUUUGAAGGUUUAAAGCAGUUAUCUGCAGCUUCUGCUAAAUCAGAUGCUACAGGAGGUGAGAAAUGUAGUCACAGUAAAGCUGAACCUGAUGACUGGGAGGAUGCAGCUGACAUGUCUACAUCAAAACUUCAAGUCGAUGAUAAAUCUCCACAGGUUAUUGAUGGAAGUGGAAGUACAGAAAAAAAGUACUCACGUGAUUUCCUUUUGAAAUUCGCAGAGCAAUGCAUUUCUCUUCCUGAAGGUUUUGAAAUUACGACAGACAUAGCUGAGGCUUUGAUGAGUGCCAAUAUUAGUAAUUCUCACGAUUCACAUCCUAGUUCUGGAAGAAUUGUAGACAGGACAAGGAUGGAACGUCGUGGGAAUGUUGUGGCUGAGGAAGACAGAUGGAGUAAAGUUUCCAGUUCUUUUCAUCCUGGGCGUGGUUUGGAUGGUAUUGGAGCUAAUGGCGGAUUCAGACAUGGCCCAGGAGGCAAUUUUGGUGUUUUAAGGAAUCCUCGUGCACAGGCAUCCAUCCAAUGUGCUGGGGGAAUCCUUUCUGGGCCAAUGCAAUCUGUGGGAAAUCAGAGUGGAAUGCAAAGAAAUAGCCCUGACGGGGAGAGGUGGCAGCGUUUUGCUAGCUUCCAGCAGAGAGGUUUAAUUCCUUCUCCUCAGUCUCCAGUACAGAUGAUGCACAGGGCUGAGAAGAAGUACGAAAUAGGCAAAGUCUCAGAUGAGGAAGAGGCAAAGCAGAGGCAACUGAAAGCUAUAUUAAACAAACUAACUCCUCAGAAUUUUGAUAGACUUUUUGAACAGGUAAAAACAGUUAAUAUUGACAAUGCAGUCACUCUCACUGGUGUCAUCUCACAAAUCUUCGAGAAGGCUCUGACGGAGCCUACCUUCUGUGAAAUGUAUGCAAACUUCUGUUCACAUUUGGCUUCUGAGUUGCCUGAUUUAAGUGAGGGCAAUGAAAAGAUAACUUUUAAAAGGUUAUUAUUAAACAAAUGCCAGGAGGAAUUUGAGAGGGGUGAAAGAGAACAAGAAGAGGCAAAUAAGGUUGAUGAGGGCGAGGUCAAACAAUCAGAUGAAGAAAGGGAACAGAGAAAAACCAAGGCAAGAAGACGCAUGUUAGGAAACAUCAGAUUGAUCGGAGAACUGUAUAAGAAGAAAAUGUUGACAGAGAGGAUAAUGCAUGAGUGUAUCAAGAAAUUACUUGGUCAAGUUCAGGAUCCGGAUGAGGAAGAUGUUGAAGCUUUAUGCAAGCUGAUGAGUACUAUUGGGGACAUGAUUGACCAUCCCAAAGCCAAGGAACAUAUGGAUGUAUAUUUUGAAAGGUUGAAAAUCUUAUCAAACAACAUGAAUUUAUCUUCUAGGUUGAGGUUUAUGUUGAAGGAUGUUAUUGAUUUGAGAAAGAAUAGAUGGCAACAGAGGAGGAAAAUUGAUGGUCCAAAGAAGAUUGAGGAGGUACACAGAGAUGCUGUGCAAGAGAGGCAGGCUCAAGCUGGAAGGCUGGGCCGUGGUAUGGGAAACAAUCAAUCUGCAAGGAGGAGCCCCAUGGAUUUUAAUCCUAGAGGAUCACCUACGCUGUCUCCCAAUGCUCAGAUAGGUGGACCGCGUGGGCUGCCUACUCAAGCACAUGGAAUUGGGUCUCAGGAUGCUCAUUUUGAAGAAAGGCAAUCUUAUGAGCCUAGGACCUUGUUGGUUAAUUUGCCUCAAAGACCCUUGGGUAAUGAUUCUAUAACAUUGGUACCCCAAGGUGGUCUUGCUAGGGGAAUGUCCAUUAGAGGAGCAAUUUCUAAUUUAUCAAUACCUGAUGUGCAUUUUGUCCCUGGAGAUUCUCACAGAAUGCCUACUGAUCUUAAUGGUUAUAACAAUUUAUCUGAGCGCACACCGUAUGACUCAAGGGAGGAUAUUGCAUCAAGAUAUAUUUCAGAUAGAUCUUCAAGUCUAGCUGGUUAUGAUCAUUCAAGUGCUCCAGUGCAUAAUAUAAACUAUGAUAACAGAGACUUAAGGAAUCAUGAUCGGAAUCUAGACAGUCCUGUUGCAACUUCGCCUCACGCUCAUUUGCAUGGGCCGAUAGUUUCCCAGAAUGCUUCUUCAGAGAAGGUUUGGCCAGAGGAACGACUCCGGGACAUGUCCUUGUCGGCAAUCAGAGAAUACUACAGUGCUAGAGAUGAAAAUGAAGUUGUUGAAUGUGUUAAAGAUUUGAACUCUCCAAGCUUUCAUCCUUCCAUGGUUUCUCUCUGGGUCACAGACUCAUUUGAGAGGAAGGACGCUGAACAAAAUCUUUUAGGCAAACUGCUUGUCAAACUUGUGAAAUAUCAGGAUGGCCUCUUGAGUCAAACUCAGCUUAUCGAAGGGUUUGAGACUGUUCUCAGUACAUUGGAGGAUGCAGUUAAUGAUGCCCCCAAGGCACCCGAGUUUCUUGGCCGUAUUUUUGCAGAAAUUAUAACAGAGAGUUUAGUCAGUUUGAAUGAAAUUGGGAAGUUAAUACAUGAUGGUGGAGAGGAGCCAGGUAGUCUCUUAGAAGUUGGACUUGCAGCUGAUAUUCUUGGAAGCACCCUGGAAGUAAUACAGCAUGAGAAAGGGGACAGCGUUCUUAGUGAAAUUCGCGCGAGCUCUAACUUGCGGUUGGAGUCUUUCCGACCACCUAAUUCUAUUACAUCAAAGAAGUUGGAGAAAUUUAUUUAGAUAAUAGUGAUGCUCAAUGUAUGCAUGCUUUUUACAUACAUAUACGGGGGUAAAUUAUUUUGUCUAGUGCUUUGGGGAUUACUCAGUGAGAUGGGUGGGUAGAAUGUGAGAUUUCUUUUGUCUUAAUAUUAUUUCUCCUACAUCUUCACUGCAAUUGUAAAAGGCUCAAUUGAGCAUCAAAAACAAUUUAGGCUGAAGUUACAAUAUCCGAUUGACUGUGGCCUUUUAUUUAUGUCUUUGUAGUUAUAAAAAUGGUUUAAAUUAUAAAUUUGUAUAAA